UAAGAAAGUUUUUGUAGUUUCAUGGUGGGUAUGAUGCUAGCGCUAGCUAGAUGGGGCUGUAGAGGAGUGGAGUUUGGCUUACGUUGAGAGGAAAGUGGGCAGAGCCGCUGAAGGAUAUCAGCUCAGGCAGAGCAGAGGGGAGGACACACGCAGCAGAGGAGCAAGGCGUCGAGGACGGAGAGGAGAGAAGGCGCAACGAUGCGGCUCAAAGUCCCACCAAAACGACGAAAAUCGCCCAAAAACGCGACUCCGACUAUGGCAGACGACGGGGGAUAGACACGGCCUGGGAAAUGGGGAUUUUCCUCGAUGUUUUACGAACUACGUCAAGGAAGAAAGGAGGUUGUUUCACCUAAGCUAAAUGGGUUGACAUUUAGCCACCAUGAAAUGAAGAAUUCGUGUGAUCCACGCUUCAGUGGGGAUUUCUGAGACUUGGACUGGUGAGAAGAUUUUCCAAUUUUGAAGAAAAAGAAGACAGCUCUACCCCAUUCAACUGGAUAUUGAUGAAGUGGAGACAGCGUUGUUUAACGCGAAGAUGGCAAGCGAUUUGGCGGUUAGCCAAAUUUUGACAAGACGAAACCUUUUUCUGAGUGGACUUUGACGUUUGGAUUUUUAUUAUUUUUUUUUACCACAACAAUGGACUCUGGAACACCGUCACUGACUGUGUAGUGGACUCGUUAAAAAAUUGCAUUGUUUUUUCUGGGAAACACAAAAUGCGCCUUUGUACAUUUGAUAUUCAAAUGUUGUUUUAAAUAAAGUGUAUGUCCUCGUAUAUUUUUUUCCCUGGCUUUGUUUCACAGCUAUCACAAGGGUACAUUUGGCGAAAUAUUUCGAUAACGCUGAAGUGCUGAAGCUCAGAAAUUGGUUUUAAUAUUUUAGCUAAUCCAUACAAGAAAUUAAUUUUGGUUUUGCACUGACUUCGUGUUAUUAAUAAUCAAGAGUUACCCGUUAAUUUAAGAGUCAGUUUAAGUGCUUAAGCUUUGUACUGGUUUGAUGAAUCUCCUCUUUUCUGUUGCUAUACAAUGAAAAAUCUUACCUUGAUUGACGAGAUAAAGCAGAAAAUAGUCGAUGAAAAAGCAAGUUUGUGCUUUAACGAGUCCCUCUGGAAACCUUUACUAAUUCAAAAACAAUUAUUUAUUUGUGCAAGAUGCACUGGGGGCAGUUAAAAAGGGUUUUGCCCAGAACAAAAAUGGUUUCCAAAGGCUUUCUAAAAUGGCUCCUGGCUGUCCUUCUUCCUGCCUGGGUAGGAAGUGAUGCAAUUGGUGCAAAAUAUAUACUUUAAAGCCUCUCAGUUUUCUUACCUUUUAUCAUAUGAGAACAAAGGUUCCACUUUGAGGCGUCUGUCCCGGGGCUGAAAUUGUAUGCAAGUUUAUAUAAACGCAAAUUUUAAACAUAAUAAAAGGGGUGGGACUUAAACAUCACCUGAGUGUGGGGUAAAUGGAAAUAACGUCAAUCAAAGGCAAAGCUUUCAGAGCAGGGAAGGAGCUCUAGAUGGCGGCUGAGCCUUGGGAAGGGUGCCAUGGGCUUUCGUCAGACGUUUCUCUUGCCUGUUUUUCGACCCGAACCGCUUGAUUCCGAUGAAAAAUUGAGAGCUGUAGUCGUGCGAUCGCUGUUUUGACGGGAAUAUACGCGUUUUGUGCGGUUUUUGUGCUGAUUUUGUGAGCCGUAGGAGCCGUCUGAGCUGGGGGAGUGCUUGUCGUUGUUUUCCAUACUGGGCUCUGGCAGCCAUGGCGCGCCUCCAUUUUUAGUGUGCUUCUCGCCUCUGUCGCUCUGACAGUGGAUGAAGACUGCAAAGGCCUACAAGCUGUUUUUUUCCGAAACGAGCCUGUUAUUUCUUGUAAUUUAUUAAGUUAUUGUUUUGUUUUUUUUUUACAGUUUAUUUUUUUAUUCGACUCGGAUAAAUAUUUCAACUGCGAUAGAGCGAACGAGAAUCUAAUAGUUCAUUUAUAGACUAGCACCUUUCUUCACAUUGAAUUGCUAUGUUUACAUUGUGUGGUGGUUAGUUUACUGAUUUUCUCAUCCUUAAAUAUUAUUUUUCUAAUGCUUCAUCUGAUGACGCAGUUAGAAUUAACGGCAUGCGGCUUGAUCCGUGGACUAUAUUGAAAGGCACGACGGAUAUUUAACUUAUUGUAACAGCACUUGUCAUUUUUUUACCUUUAUUUAAAGUAGCGAUGUAAAUAAUGAUCUUCAAAUCUUUCGAUUCAAUGCCUUUUUCUUUACUCGUGUCGCACCGCCUGGGUUUUAACUGCCACCUGAGCAAAGGCAAUCUUGUGGGACUUGUAUGAUAGUUGAUGCUUCCUCUUAACUUUUUGACUGUAAAUACCUGGACAAACGAUCAUCCUAUCAGAUUUUCAGGAUACUACGAUGAUGAAGAAUAAAAGCAAAAAACAAGAGGAUGAAGGAUCGGCUCAGAGCAAUGCAUCAAGCAAUUCAGCCUCAGAAGAAUCCAACCGCUCUGCAUCGGAGUCGGGAAGUCAGUCCGAGAGCGAGCAUGGCAGUGAGAGGAGGCGAUCCCACAACUCAGAGUCAAACAGCUCCUCAGAGUCAGAGAGUCACUCAGAGUCAGGGAGCGAGUCUACAGGGUCCAAGUCACAGCAAACCACAGCAGAGGUCAAAGACAAGCCAGUUAGAAAGAAGGAGCGCCUGGCGGAUGUGAAGAAGAUGUGGGAGGAACAUCCAGAUGUUUAUGGUGUUAGGAGGUCAAAUCGCAGCAGACAGGAGCCGGCUCGUUUGAACAUUGGAGCUGGGGGUAGCAGUGAAUCGGAGAGCGAGAGUCCUAAAAGAAAAACAUCACGAGCUAAGAAAAAGGAAAAUAUCUGGAAAGAUGAUGACUCAAAUGAUGAAGAGGAGGAGGAUGAGGAGGAGGAGGAGGCUUCCGACAGUACAGACAGUGAGCAGGAAGAGAAAAAAGUUAGAUCCAGACGACUUCCUGCUAGAAGACCUCAGAGCAAAUCAUCAACAGUCAAAAAGCAGCUUUCUCAAAAAGGAAGAAAGUCCAGGAGACAGGAGUCAUCGGUAGAAGAAGAUGACGAGGAUGAUGAUGACGACGACGACGAUGAGGAAGACACUCCGAAGAGGCAGACCCGAAGAAGAGGUGCCACAAAAGUCAAAAGUUAUAAAGAGGACCAACAUGACUUUGAAACGGACUCUGAUGACCUGAUUGAAAUGACGGGGGACGCUGGUGAGGAGCAGCAGGAUGAUGACAGCGAGACCAUCGAGAAAGUCAUGGACACCAGAACAGGCAAAAAAGGAGCUACUGGUGCUACCACUACUGUGUACGCUGUGGAAGAAAACGGGGACCCUUCCGAAGGUUUUGACCCUGAGAACGAUGAAGGGGAGACUCAGUAUCUGAUCAAGUGGAAGGGCUGGUCUUACAUCCACAACACCUGGGAGAGCAUGGACUCUCUGACGCAGCAAAAGGUCAAGGGACUAAAGAAACUGGACAACUUCAAAAAGAAAAAUGACGAGCUGAAUUCAUGGUUGAGGAAGGCGUCACCUGAGGAUGUAGAAUUCCAUAAUUGUCAACAGGAGCUCACUGCUGACUUGAACAAACAGUUUCAGAUUGUGGAGCGUAUCAUCGCAACAAAAACAGGAAAGACACCAGGAUCCUCUGACUUCCCCUCUCAUAGUCAUAAGACUCCAUCCUCCAAUGAACCUGAGUACCUAUGCAAGUGGAUGGGUUUACCCUACUCAGAGUGCAGCUGGGAAGACGGAGCUUUGGUCAGAAAGAAGUUCCAGCACUGCAUAGACAGCUUCACGAACCGUAACUCCAGUAAAACUGUCCCCUCUAAAGAGUGCAAGGUCUUAAAGCAAAGGCCCAGGUUUGUGGCACUGAAGAAACAACCAUCAUAUAUUGGUGAUGAGAAUCUACAACUGAGAGAUUAUCAGCUGGAUGGGUUGAACUGGCUGGCUCACUCCUGGUGCAGGUGCAAUAGUGUAAUCCUGGCUGAUGAGAUGGGACUGGGAAAGACCAUCCAGACAAUCUCCUUCCUGUCUUACCUCUUCCACCAACAUCAGCUCUAUGGGCCCUUUUUACUGGUGGUGCCUCUGUCCACACUCACCUCCUGGCAGAGGGAGUUUGACACCUGGGCCCCAGACAUGAAUGUGGUGGUCUAUCUUGGUGACGUCAUGAGCAGGAAAACAAUCCGUGACUACGAGUGGGUGAACCAUCAAACCAAAAGAAUCCGUUUCAAUGCACUACUAACCACUUAUGAGAUUCUACUUAAAGACAAGGGUGUGCUGGGAAACAUUAACUGGGCGUUCCUGGGUGUGGAUGAAGCUCACAGGCUGAAGAAUGAUGACUCCCUGCUGUAUAAAACAUUAAUGGAGUUCAGAUCUAAUCAUAGACUUCUCAUUACCGGCACUCCGCUGCAGAACUCCCUCAAAGAGCUCUGGUCACUGUUACACUUCCUCAUGCCUGACAAGUUUCAUUCCUGGGAGGAUUUUGAGGAUGAACACGGGAAAGGAAGGGAUAAUGGUUAUCAGAGUCUUCACAAAGUCCUUGAGCCUUUCCUGCUCCGACGUGUCAAGAAAGAUGUGGAAAAAUCGCUCCCAGCCAAGGUGGAACAAAUCCUCCGUGUAGACAUGACCGCACAGCAGAAGCAGUUUUACAAGUGGAUUUUAACGAGGAAUUACAAAGCUCUCGCCAAGGGCACCCGAGGCAGCUCUUCCGGCUUCCUGAACAUCGUAAUGGAGCUUAAAAAGUGCUGCAACCAUAGUUUCCUUAUUAAACAGCCUGAGGACGGUGACGCUGAAACACAACAGGAACACCUGCAGGGGUUAGUGAGAGGUGGUGGGAAGCUGGUUCUGCUGGACAAGCUGCUGACCAGACUGAGAGAAAGAGGCAACAGGGUCCUGAUCUUCUCCCAGAUGGUCAGGAUGUUGGACAUUCUGGCUGAAUACCUCGCCAAGAAACGAUACCCAUUCCAGCGGUUGGACGGUUCCAUAAGGGGAGAAAUCCGAAAGCAAGCACUUGACCACUUUAAUGCAGAAGGCUCAGAGGACUUCUGCUUCCUGUUAUCCACCAGAGCAGGAGGUUUAGGUAUUAACUUGGCCUCAGCAGACACUGUAGUCAUCUUCGACUCUGACUGGAACCCUCAAAAUGACUUGCAGGCACAAGCGAGGGCCCACAGGAUCGGCCAAAAGAAGCAGGUAAAUAUAUACCGACUUGUCACCAAAGGAACAGUCGAGGAGGACAUCAUUGAGAGGGCGAAGAAGAAGAUGGUUUUGGACCAUCUUGUCAUUCAGAGAAUGGACACCACUGGUCGAACUGUUCUGGACAGCAACUCAGGAACCACAAAUUCAAACCCGUUCAAUAAAGAAGAACUCACUGCUAUUCUCAAGUUUGGUGCAGAAGAGCUUUUCAAAGAGGCAGAAGGGGAGGAGUCUGAACCACAGGAGAUGGAUAUUGAUGAGAUCUUGAGAUUGGCUGAAACAAGAGAAAGCGAUCAAGGCUCAAGUGCUACAGAUGAACUUCUGUCACAGUUUAAGGUGGCCAAUUUCUCCAGUAUGGAAGAGACCGCUCCAGAGUUUGAGGAGAAACCGAUCCGGGAAUGGGAUGAUAUCAUUCCUGAGGAGCAGCGCCGCAAAAUUGAGGAGGAGGAGAAGCAGCGGGAGAUGGAGGACAUCUUCAUGCUGCCCAGAAGCAGGAGUUCUAACAAGCGAGCUCAGGCCAAUGAUAGUGACAGUGACGUAGGUUCCAAACUGAAGCACCGAUCCUCAGGCUCUGAAAGUGAGACUGAUGAUAGCGAUGAUGACAAGAAGCCAAAGAAGAGAGGCAGACCUAGAGCUCGCAAAAACAACGUGGAGGGUUUCACUGAUGCCGAGAUCCGCAGGUUCAUCAAGGCAUACAAGAAAUUUGGGUCUCCACUUGAAAGGUUGGAGGCCAUUGCCCGAGACUCUGAGCUGGUGGACAAAUCCAUAGCAGACCUGAAGAGGCUUGGUGAACUGAUUCAUACCAGCUGUGUCGCUGCGGUGCAGGAGCACGAAGAAAACCUGAAAGAAAACCCAGUUGAAGCCAAAGGUCCUGGGAAACGGCGAGGAAUAAAUAUCAAGAUCUCAGGAGUGCAGGUCAAUGCCAAGACCAUCAUCCAGCAUGAGGAAGAGUUUGAACCGCUGCACAAAGCGGUGCCCUCCAACCCUGCUGAGAGAAAUAAAUUCAAGCUGACGUGCAGAGUGAAAGUAGCUCACUUUGAUGUUGACUGGGAUCUGCAGGAUGACAUUCAGCUUCUGCUUGGCAUCUAUGAGCACGGCUUCAGCAACUGGGAUCUGAUCAAGACGGAUCCUGACCUGAAGCUCGCUGAUAAGAUUCUUCCAGAUGACCCAAGCAAGAAACCUCAGGCCAAGCAGUUGCAGGCAAGAGCCGAAUAUCUACUCAAGCUGCUUAAAAAAGAACAAGACAGCGCAGAUCUGUCGAAAACAGGGGAGGAGGUCAAAGUGAAAAAGAGGAAGCCUCGAGUGAAAAAGGAGAAUAAGAUUCUCAAAGAUGAGCAGGGAAACGACAUCUCCUCCCCCCGCCUGUCGGACAAUCCGUCAGAAGAGGGCGAGGUCAAGCAGGAUGAUGGAACAGAAAAGUCCCCUGUCAAGAAGAGACAAAAGAAAAAGGAUAACAAAGAAAACAAAGAAAAGCAGGGAACUCCUAAAAAGGAGAAGGACGGGGACAAAGAGAAGAAGGGGUCCAAGCCCAGAAAAGAAAAGGCUAAAGGAGCCAAAGGGAAGAAGCCUCAAGGUCCGGUUCACAUUACUGCUGGGUCUGAACCUGUUCCCAUUGAAGGAAAGGAGGAUGACGAACUUGACCAGGAGACUUUCAGUAUUUGUAAGGAGCGCAUGAGGCCGGUGAAAAAGGCGCUGAAGCAGCUGGACAAACCGGACGAGGGUCUUUCCGACCAGGAGCAGCUCCAGCACACUCGCACAUGCCUGCUGAAGAUUGGAGACCGAAUCACAGAGUGCCUUAAAGCUUACAGUGACCCCGAACAUGUUAAAAUAUGGCGAAGAAACCUCUGGAUAUUUGUGUCGAAGUUUACAGAGUUUGGUGCAAGGAAGCUUCACAAGCUUUACAAAAUGGCACAAAAGAAGCGAUCACAUGAGGAAGAGAAGGAGCAGAAGAAGAAGGAGGAUGCCACAGGGAGAGUAAAAUCAUUCAGACCAGAACCCUCUGGUUCCAGUCGAGACUCGCUGGGUACUCAGCCAUCCUCCAAACCUGGAUCUCACCCGAAUCAGCCAGGACUCCACGGACACCACAGAGAACCCUACAAUGCAGCUAGCAAGCGGCACUUUGGCAAUGAUGCUCGAGGAGACUGGCAGAGAGACCGUAAAUACAACUAUCCAGGUAACAGCAACCAGUGGCAGGGAGACCGGCAUCAUCCGUACGACCCUCAUCGCUACAAGGAUCACUAUGGUGACCGACGUCCUCAUGGAGACUCGUAUCGCAGCUCAGGCAGUUACCGCAACAACAGCUCUCCUCGAAAAAGGCCGUAUGACCAGUACAGCAACGACCGGGACCACAGGGGUCAUCGACCCUACUAUGAGCGGCAUCCGGACGCCAAAAGAAGACGUCCUGAUGAUUUCCGUCCCAACUACCACCAGGGAAGAGAAGGCCCUAUCCAGGACUUCAGGAGGAUGCCGGACCACAGACCAGCAGGUCCACCGGGGCCCGAGCACUACGGCCGGCCCUUCCACCCCGACAAACCGCCCCCGCUGUUGGACCCCCGCUCCCCGCAGACUCAGAAGUCUCCCCAGGACUCCCGCUCUCCCCUGGAGCGACCCGUAGAGCCCAACACCACGGCAGACCCAAACUGGAACAACAGAAAAACAUAAAGUCUGCCGCCGCAGGCUGAAAAAACUGAUCUGAGUGUUUGGUCCAGGGUCAAAGCCACAUGCUGCUGCUGAUGGACAAGUCUGGACUCGCCAAUUAUAAGCUCACAGUGGAAAAGGGAAUCAACGUGUACCCUCUUUACCAGCAAAACCAAACUAUUUUGCUCUUUUCCCCCCAGCGACUGUGGCUGCAAAUGAUUUGUGCCCUGAAGGAAGAAGGGUGUUUCCCUCUGUCUUCAAGAUGAAAAAAGACAAACUAAAACAUGCAUCUUUAUUUAAAUGAACUGACUCAUCAGUUGAUCAUGGUAAGACUGAGUGGAACACUUCCGGAUGCUUAGUCCCAUGGACUAUUAUAUAAGGAAAAUUUAGGAUACGUGAACUGGUGACUGAUCUCAAUCCUAAAAGUGCCUGAAGGUUUUGGCCUUUUUGAACGGUAAAUGUAUGGGAUUAUUCCCAAAGGAACCAUGACAUGGACAUUAGUUUUUGUGUUUAGCUUUAAGUCUUGCAAAGGAUGUCACUAGAAGAUUUCAGUACAAUAGAAUGUGUAAUGUGUUAUCAUCUGCACCUUCAGUGUUUAUCUUGAACAUGUAGCUGAACCGAAUCCUGGAGUUCAACCAUGUGGGGGGGAAAUGGGACAACGUGAUCCUUUUGAAAUUUGAAUGAUCAAACAAGCCAGUAUGUCUCUUCUAUAAACUCAGCAGAAUGUUCGAUAAUGGUUUUAACAAAUUCACCUUUCUCAUGUGUACAGAUAAUCAUGAUUUCUGUAAUUGUGUAGCUGUAUAAGUCAUUGCUCUGUUCACUUUAACCACUUUCCUCUUUGUGGGCCCAAUGAAUUGGAAGCUUUGUAAGCAGUAUUUAUUGCGACAACUUGUGCAAAAGUUCAUAACACUACUCUUAAAAAAACUAUCCUUUAUUUUUGCCUUUCAGUAUUAUCAAGGUACUUGGGUGUAGUUUCAUUAUUUCACCCAUCUGAUGCAAGUUCUCAGUUGCAUCUGAAAAAACAUAGGUGACAGAAACUAUUUCUUUCCUAAUCGAUGGUUUGGCAUUAUUUUGAUUCACAGAUAGUUGUGCUGUUGUUCAGGAGGUUAUCUGAAAGUUGCUGUUGACAUUUCAUCAUGUUUAUUACCUUCAGUCACUCUUUUCCUGUGCCAAAUCUGCUCCGGCCCUCUUUUGUUUUCUUUUUUUUUUUUUUAAUGUUUCUCCGUUUGUGCCUUAUUUAUGUGUGUAUUAUCAUGCUGUAUAUUGGUUCAUGGACAGUACUGAGGGCUGAUACAAGCAGGAUGUGGUCACUUUUUAAAGAAAAGCGCUCCAACACAAUGAAAAAAAAUCCCAGAUGAAGAGACCAUGUGAUUCUAUUCGUGUGUGUGAUUCUGUGAUUUCUAAAAGAGUUGAUGAUUUGAGGGGGAAAUGUAAACAUUAAUAUAAAGUAAUGAUGUGCCCGGGAUACUUAACCGACCUGUUGAAGUGAACAGCCAGCCCAUCUUCUCUUCCACCUUUAGCAAGCUACAGUUCCUGUAUCAUAUGUUCUUUAAGAAAGUCUAAAUAAUUUAUAUUUGUGACAAAACCACUCUUCAUGAGAAAUGUGCUGUACAUAUGUUUGGACAUAUGUAAUAAACUUUGUUACACAAUGAAAAA